GGCAGCUCGGGCCCGAGUGCAAGGAACAGAAGCACCAUGAUUCUCCAGAGGCUCUUCCGGCUCUCCUUUCUCCUUCAGCCCGCUGUCUCCAUCCACUUGAGGAGAAACAUUGGUGUGACUGCAGUGGCUUUUAAUAAGGAACUUGAUCCUGCCCAGAAAAUCUUCGUGGACAAGAUCAGGGAAUACAAAACUAAGCGGCAGUCAUCCGGAGGCCCUGUGGAUACUGGCCCAGAGUAUCAGCAAGAACUGGACCAGGAGCUUUUCAAGUUUAAACAAACGUAUGGCAAAGCAGACAUGAAUACGUUCCCCAACUUCACAUUUGAAGAACCCAAAUUUGAAGUCAUUGAUAAACCCCAGUCCUGAAGAAACUAUGUAAAAUUACCUGGUUGUUUGUUCUGUUUUACAACUGAUAAGUAGUAGCAGAGUGAACAC